AUGUUCAUUGGAUUAGAAAUCUCAGUAAAUGAAAAUACUGAAGUCUCUGGUGAUGAAGCUAUACCGGGAACUUCGAACCAACAUACUCAAUCAAGUAAGUAUGCUCCAAAAUCAUCUCGGGAGUUAUUGUUAGAGCAGCAGCUUCAUGAGCUUCAGAACGAGAAUAAUGCAUUGAAAAAUGAGGUUGCUCAUUUGACACAAAAAUCAACAACAUUGGAUGAUAACUUGAAAAAAUUCUUGAAUCCUGAUCAGUUGUUGUUUUUGAAAGGCAGUGCUUCGACGAACUCCAAACCUUGCUCAGAGGAUACUAUCAAAAAAGGUCUGCGAAUCCGAUUAUUGAUGGGCACUAAGGCUUAUAAAAGUUUGAGGGACAAUGAAGGAUUUCCUUUACCUGCUUUUUCCACGCUUUAUAAUCGCCUGUCGGGAUUUAAUUUUGCACCUGGAACUUUCCACAGUAUCAUUGAGUGGCUGGGGAUAAAAAUUCAACAAGAGCAAGACGAAACUGCUCGUUAUUGUGUGCUGGCAUUAGAUGAAAUGUCAAUUCAUCCAGCAGUUGAAUAUGAUCGUGCUCUUGGAAAUUUUAUUGGAUUAGUGACUCCACAAUUGGCAAGAGACUCGAAUGAAGCUGAUUCGAUGGCUUCCCAUGCAAUUGCAUUCGUUGCUCGUGGGUUAACCAGCCAUUGGAAGCAAUUGGUGGGCUAUGCUUUGACAGGAAAAUCAGUAACCUCGGAACUUCUCUGGAAUUAUGUUCAAGAGAUAAUAAAAGAGCUUUAUCAGCAGGGCAUUAUCGUCAAAUGCAUUUCAACAGAUGAAGGGCCAACUAAUGUAGGUAUGUGAACAUUAAAUAGCAUUACAUCUAGCCGCUAUUUAAUUUCCUCAUUUAGCCUACAUCCAUCAAAUCCAGAUGAACGUCUUCAUUGGACUUCAGAUGUUCCACACGUGCUAAAACGCAUUUGGUCUCAAUUGUUGAAAACAAAGUUUAUUCUGAGCUCGCCUAUCGUCGAAGCAAACAACUUACCAUCGCCUACAGUUGAUAUUUCCCAUGUUCGACAAUUAGUUGAGUUACAAUCACUUGGUGGGCCUGUAUUAGUGACAGGUCUUACUGCUGCAAUCCUGGACCCAUCGCAGUUUGACAAAAUGCAUGUUGGACUGACUAAAAAAAUUUUCAGCAAUGAAAUGGGACAUGCGUUAGUUUUAUUAGCUCAAACUGGUCUUCUUCCUCAAGAAGCUUUCACUAUCGGAUGGUUUAUUUUAUUAUGUAGCCAAUGGUACGAAUCGAUGGUUUGUCGCCAUAAGAGUAAUUCCCUUGGGAAUGAUGAAGCUUCCUUAGAGCGUGUACAAUUCCUCCAAAAUUUCAUUGAGAUUAUUAGAGAACUUCAAUUUAUUUCUGAUAAUAAAUGGAAACCUAUUCAACGAGGGAUUAUUCUUACAACAACUACAG